AUGCUGACCCUGGGUCAUGUGCUUCAGAGACCCUGUCAAGUGCCCUACUUUCGAAGAUCACAGGGUAAUGUGGGCAGUGAUGAACAGUUGGCAAUGGGCAAUGAUUUCCUAAUGGUGGCUACACCCUCUGAAUUACCCUGUGAAUGGAGCAGCCAUGCCAAUUCAAGUAUUCUCCACACAGAGGAAUGUGGGACGACAGAGAGACUCAAAAUCCAGGGCAUAGGCAGAGACAUGGGAAAUAAGGGCUUUGCAGCCGAGUGGUUUUUGCCUGUGGUCUGCCACCGGACAUGUCUGGACGCUGUCAUUGUGGAGGUGUGGAGUUUUCAGAAGAAACAAACAAAUCUCCUCAUCGCCUUUUAUAAACAUAGAAUUACAAAGUUAGAAGCAGCCAUGCAGGAGGCACAGCAAACACUGGUCAGCCAGCACAAAGAGUUGUCAGUCUUAAGGAAGGAGAAUGGAGAACUGAAGAAAUUUCUAGCCAUCCUAAAGGAAUCUCCAAGUCGGUACCAAGGAAGCAGAUCGACCACACCUCGACCAGUGGGCAUUACUUCCCCAUCACAGUCAGUUACCCCACGACCCAGUUCCCAGCAUAGCAGCCAAGUGGUUAGUCGAUCCUCCUCAGUGGAGUCUAUCCCUUAUAGAAUGACUGGCUUUGGUAGCUUGGGACAGGGAGGCAGAGGCCUGCAGGGAAGGAAUACUCCAAGAAACUCUUACACUGAAACCCCUUCACCAGCUUCAACUCACAGCCUAUCUUAUAGAUCUUCAUCUGCCUCCUCUGGACAGGGGAUUUUUUCUUUCAGACCAACCCUAAAUGGGGAUUCAGGCCACACAAGAGUCCUCACCCCCAACAAUUCUGGUCAGAGGGAGAGCAGAACCACACCAGAGAGUCUUCCUGGUUUUCAACUACCAGUCCUGCAGACUCUCUACCAACAACAGAGGCAGAUGGGCUUAGCCAGGGGGAGUGAAGCAUGGACCACUUCCAGAUAGACCUCUUCAAGGUCUGAUCUAUACAUACUGCUGAAGGAUGGACUAUAGCAUCUAGUACCCAUCAGGGGUGAUAGCCUUGAAUAAUGUACCCCUUUUUAUUCCCUGGUUUUACUCUGUACCUUAUUCUCUCUGGAUGUUUAUUUACCCUGUAUUACCUCCCAGGGAAGUAGUCAGGUCUUAUGUAAGGCUAGUGCUUCAGGAAGAUGUUUAUAUCUUUCCCAAAACACCAUGUAGCUCCCCUCAUCUCCUACAAUUUGAAACAAAGAUUGUAAAAAUAA